AUGUAUGAGGACAUGAAUGCCUUAUAUUCAGGUGCAAUGACGCAAUAUAUGCAUACAGAGAUAAUAGGCAAGGUAGGUCCAGAAGAAGUACCAGAUAUUCAAACUAUUGCGCCAAAUGCAGAAAUAGGCUAUAUGCCCAAAGUAGACUUAGAAGUUCCGGCACACUUACAUGACUUUUUUGCAGACUACCCUCUAGUACCAGAAAAGCAAAUAGUACUUGAAAACUGGUUAAGUCCAUAUAAUGCAAAAUUAGUACAAAACAAGAAAGUGGGAGGUGGCAAAUAUAUAACAGGAGAAAAGCUCGUCCAAACCCUUUAUCCCAAAAAGAACUACGUGGUCUAUUAUCGUGCACUUCAGCUAUAUAUGAGACAAGGGCUAAAGGUCACAAAAAUCUAUAGUGCACUCAAGUUUAAGCAAUCCCCCUGGAUGAAAGAAUAUAUUGAGGAAAAUAUUCGUAAAUGUAAAAUAGCAAAAGCCAAUAGUGAUGAGUUCAGAAUUAUGUAUUAUAAGCUAAAAAAUAAUGCAGUCUUUGGUAAACAGAUGGAGAAUGUCCGUAAACAUAUAAGAGUAGAGCUUCUCCGAACAGAAGAAGAUAAAAAAAUUAGACGAUUAGCAAGUUUACCAUUAUUUGUAGGUUUCAAGCAAUUCGAAGAAGAAAUUAUAGCUAUCCAUAUGUUAAAAA